GUGCUAGUCUGGCAAUGCCUGUGGAUUUCAAUGGAACCUGGAACCUUACCAGUAAUGACAACUUUGAAGGUUACAUGCUGGCCUUAGGUAUUGACUUUGCAACACGCAAGAUAGCAAAAAUGCUGAAGCCACAGAAGGUGAUCCAACAGGAGGGCAACUCUUUUUCUAUCCAUACCACUAGCACAUUCAGAGAUUAUUUGCUCCAGUUCAAAAUUGGAGAAGAGUUUGAAGAAGAUAAUAAAGGUCUGGAUAACAGAAAAUGUAAGAGCCUAGUUACGUGGGACAAUGAUAAACUCGUCUGUGUCCAGACUGGUGAAAAGAAGAACAGGGGCUGGACUCACUGGAUUGAAGGAGAUGACCUCCAUCUGGAGCUUCGUUGUGAGAAUCAAGUUUGUAAACAAAUCUACAAGAGAGCUUGA